UCUGAAUCAGGAAGUGCCGACAGUUAACAUGGCUUCGAAAGGACAGGCUGAGAGUUGGAUCGAGGAGGUAAUUUGUCCCAUCUGCCUGGAUUUCUUCACCGAUCCGGUGUCACUGGAGUGCGGGCACAACUUCUGUCGUUCUUGUAUCACACGGUGUUGGGACAGGAAGGAGAAAAAUUCCUGCCCGGAAUGUAGACAGAAGAUUGCUGACCGCACCCUUGGGGUUAGUUGGGCCUUAGCAAAUCCUGCUGUACAAGCUCGAAAUCCAAAGCUGAAUCCGAAUGGGAAGGAAAGUAAACUUUACUGCGAGGAGCAUGAGGAAGAACUGAAGAUAUUUUGUGAAACGGAUAAGACACUGAUCUGCCUGAUCUGUAGAGAUGCGCAGGAACACAGAGAGCACCGCUUCAAGCCGAUUAAAGAAGCUGUUAAAAUCUACAAGGAUCAGCUAAAAUUUUCCUUAGACUCUCUUUCAAAAAAGAAAUCAGACGUCCAGAAAAAGGAGCAGCAACAGAAAGUGAGGAUUUCCGGAGUUCUGGAACAGUCACAUUGCGUUCAGACCCACAUCACAUCCCAGUUUGCUGAACUGCGCCAGAUUAUCACUGAGAAAGAGCAGAGCUUACUCAGGGAUCUCAGGGAAGAAGAGGAGAGGAUUCUAAAUCCAAUGGAGAAAAAUCUUCGAGAGAUUCAAGAGAAUAUCAGGUAUAUUCAGGAGGAAAUCACGAAGUUAAAGGAACAGAUGGAUGAAAAAGACAGUGUGAUACUUCUCAAGGAGGAAGCUGAUCGGAACAGGAGUAUUAAUGACGAUAUCCAGGGAUUGACAGUGACAAAUGAGGUCCUACCGGUUGAAAAAUUCGAUCAACCCUAUUUAUUGAACACAGUGCUGAGAGAAGCACUUGAUGCCAUUAAUCGAGUCUCUGUCACUCUGGAUGUGGAAACGGCGAGUCCACGGCUCGAGGUGUCUGAGGAUAGAAAGGGUGUGAGAUGGACCCGGCAACGGAGGGAUCUCCCUGAGACCGGGAAGAGAUUCACAGACUGGGAAUGUAUACUGGGAUCGGAGGGUUUCACAUCGGGGAGACAUUACUGGGAGGUGGAGGUGGCAGGGAAUCGGGUCUGGGGUCUAGGAGUGGCCGCAGAGUCUGUCGAGAGGAAAGGAGGGUACAGACCGAGACCGGAGAGCGGAUUCUGGGUCAUCAGGCGGAAUUGUGACGUAUUACGUCGGGAUUAUGAGGUGAUCCACUGGGAUUGUGACGUUUUCGGUGUGCACACCUCCCCUGAUUUCCGUCUCCCUGCCGGUCCCAUCCCCGGGAGGGUGGGAGUUUAUCUCAGUUACGAGUCCGGGACAGUUUCAUUUUACAACGCGGAGACCAAGUCCCAUCUCUACACCUUCACUGGGAAUAAAUUCACGGAGAAACUCUAUCCUUUCUUCUGGACUUGGGAUGUAAACCGGUGGCUGAAAAUAUCCUCCGGUUCCGGUUCCGCUCCGGGUCUGUAAACUGGUCGGGUCCCGGGACCGGCGUCAUGAGUAAAGUCCUGUAAGUAUAAAUGUGCGGAGAGUGAAAUAAA